AUGAGAAAUUACUCCGCCCCAACCGAGGACACCAUUCACGGGGGAUCCUCGGAUGCAACGCUGGAGGUUGAAAAGUUGUACGACUUGAAGCGAGAAGGUGUUCUUAUCGGAGGUGGCUACACAGAGGUCAUUUAUGAUGCUCAUGGGCAACAGAUUGCUGCCAAUGAAAGCAGUCUCACUAACCCAAAGAUGAACGAAGAAGAGAAAAGGAAAGAAGCCACUGAGGUGAAAGAGGAAAUGGCAGUAAUAUUGCCUAAUACGAAUGGACAGCAAGAAGGCAAGGAUGCGUUGCCUCACACAGUUACAUCAGAGUCCACUGUGCAGCUCAAGAACGGGGACCAUGGUUCUUCUACAGAGGGUAUUCCUACAGGAAAUGGGAGGACUGAGACUUUAUCUUUACGCAAGGAUACUUUCCAGUAA